CAGCCUUGCCGCCGAGAACUGCUGCCUCUCAGGAUGAAGGUGGCUGUGGUCAAAGGGCUCCCUGCUUCCUGUUGUGGGCCGGGCCCUGCCCCCCAGCCUCCUCCUAGAGGCAGCUUCCACCCAGCUGUCACAGGCGUCCGCCAUCCCAAGCAGCGCCUAGCUGACACCAUGCGGCAGAUGAAGACAGAUAAAGACGCCAGCAGUGAGAGCUCCUCAGACUCAACAGCGGCAGCCAAGCCUGGGCUGGGGUGGUCUGUGGUGGAGCUGUCCUCAGGGCCCACGUCUCCAGCCCUGGUGGGAAUGCGCUCACUUCCUGGGGCAGCUGUCAUGAUGGUGAAAUGGGUCAAAUCUGCCCUCCUGCCAGGACCCAGACCCCUCCCUGAUCUACCGACCUGAUGUGGACCCAGAGAUGGCCAAAGACAAAGGCAGCUUCCGGAACUACACCUCAGGCCCCCUUCUGGACCGUGUCUUCAACACCUACAAGCUCAUGCACACAUACCAGACGGUGGGCUUCGUCAGGAAGAAGCACGCCCAGUUUGGGGGCUUCUCCUGCAAAAAAAUGACUAUCAUGGAGGCUGUGGACAUGCUGGACCACCUGGUGGAUGAGUCGGACCCAGAUGUGGAUUUUCCCAACUCCUUCCAUGCCUUCCAGACAGCAGAGGGCAUCCGGAAGGCCCACCCUGAUAAAGCCUCCCCGUCCCCCAGCCACCCCCGUCUCUCGCCUGCAGACUGGUUCCACCUCGUAGGGCUCCUGCAUGACCUGGGGAAGGUCCUGUCUCUGUGGGGGGAACCCCAGUGGGCUGUUGUUGGAGAUACCUUCCCCGUCGGCUGCCGUCCGCAGGCCUCAGUGGUGUUUUGUGACUCCACGUUUCAGGACAAUCCUGACUUCCGGGAUCCCCGAUACAGCACAGAAUUCGGCAUGUACCAGCCCCACUGUGGGCUCGAGAAUGUCCUCAUGUCCUGGGGCCAUGAUGAGUACAUGUACCAGAUGAUGAGGUUCAACAAGUUCUCCUUGCCUGAGGAGGCCUUCGCUAUGAUCCGCUUCCACUCCUUCUACCCGUGGCACACGGGUGGUGACUACCGGCAGCUUUGUAGCCAGCAGGACCUGGACAUGCUGCCCUGGGUGCAGGAGUUCAACAAAUUUGACCUCUACACCAAGUGCCCCGACUUGCCAGAUGUGGGCAAGCUGCGACCCUACUACCAGGCGCUUGUUGACAAGUACUGCCCUGGUGUCCUGAACUGGUGACCUGGCCCCAUGUUGGCCCCUCAGGCACAAUGACCCUUACCCUGGCCUUGCUGGGAGCCCCACAUACCCACUUCCAGCCACUACCCUUCACGGCCAUUUGCGCCCCUCCUUGCAAUAAAUACCUUGACACAA